AUGACGUGGCUCAAGAACAUCAACCCUACUCCAGCCUUCCCCGCCUACACCGGACCGCACAAAGUGGGCUCGAUAGACGUGGAGAUUCCAGCCAGCGAGCUGGAGAACCCCAGCGACGAUGCGCCGCCUGCCGACCUAGCCACAGUAGCGUUCAGAGUCUUCUACCCGUGCAGACCGGACAGCGAGCAGAAGGCGGUGCGGUGGAUUCCGACUCCGCAGCGCGAGUACAUUGCAGCCUACGCGCGGUUCCUGGGCGCAAACAGCGCCUUUGCCGGCGUCUUCUCCCUGGUUCCCCAGUUUCUCCAGUUCACCUCGAUCCCCGUGCACGCCAACGCCGACAUCCUCGAGCCCAACACCGCCUCCAAGCGCUGGCCCGUCAUGCUCUUCUCGCACGGCCUCGGCGGGAGUCGAAACGCAUACUCGCACAUCUGCGGCUCGCUCGCCAGCCACGGCAUCGUCGUCGUCGCCCCGGACCACCGCGACGGCAGCUCGCCCAUAAACUUUGUCCACACGCCCGACUCGAAAGAGAAGACGCAGCGCGUACACUACCGGCGCAUCGACCACAAGCCCUCGCCCGACGUGUACGCCGCGCGCGACGAGCAGCUGCGCAUCCGCCUCUGGGAGAUGGGCCUGGUCCACGCCGCGCUGCUGAAGAUGGACACGCGGACACGGCUGCGCAACGUCGCCGACGACGCACGGAGCAGUCGCGGCAAAGACACGCUGACGCAGUUUGCGCACCUCCUCGCCGUCCACGAGCCGGGCUCCAUCAGCUUCGCCGGCCACUCGUUCGGCGCCGCCACAACCGUCCAGCUCGUCAAAUCCGUCUUCCACAGCCCCCCCGGCGCCCCCCCGGCGCCAGCGAGCUACAAACCGCUCUUCAGCCCGCGGCCCACGUCGUCCCUCAAGGCCCAGAUCACAGCCGCCACACCCACCAUCCUCCUCGACCUGUGGACGCUGCCCAUCCAAUCGCCCUCCACCGCCUGGCUGCGCUCCAAGCCAAUGCCGUGCUACACGUCCGGCGGGCCCGGCGGGACGAAGACGCUCGCCAUCCUAUCCGAAGGUUUCUUCAAAUGGCACAGCAACAAGCUCGAAACGCAGCGCAUUCUCGGGCGUCCCCCCAACGCACCCCCGUCGGCACAGGGGCCGCACGUCUUCUACCCCGUCGCGAGCGCGCACCUCUCGCAGUCCGACUUUGGCAUCCUGUUCCCCUGGGCCACGGCCCGCGUGUUCGGCGCCCGCGAGCCAGAGCGCGUUCUGCGGCUUAACACGCGCGCUAUCCUGCAGCUGCUGCGCGACGCGCGCGUCGAGGUUGGCAACACGUCCGCUGCGGAUCUGGAGUUCGAGGGCGUCGAGCUCGACAAGGCUAUUCCCAACGACGAUGCGAUUCUGAGCACGCGCAAGGAUAGAGUAAGGGGGUGGGUUUGUGUCGGGGACGGGGCGGGCGGUGCGGACAUGGCCGAGGGCAAGGUUGGCGCCGGGCCAGGCGAGGCGGUGCUGCAGGGCGAGGCGUUUGGGCAGCGUGAUUCGGUGCAGUGA